ACUUUAUCAGCGCUAGACGUGAUUGACCUACCUCUCCAUCCAACAGAUGAAGGCUAUGGCAAACACGACAGUGUUGCAUAUACUACUACUUGUGACUUGUUGGAGAUACUUGGUCCUUUGCGCAGACAUAACUCUGGACACGUCUGCUACAGCUGGCGUCCUUGGUCGUCCGUUCACGUUCACCUGUCGUGUCGAGGAUGCAGACGUCACAGGUUUAGUUCAAUUCUCGAUCCAGGAAAAAGGCACUUAUGGCUCUGUCUGCCGUCUAAUGGGAGAUACAGGUGAAAUCGUGGGAAACAUCAGCUACCUCUGUUCACGUGAGGAUGGACAACCAAACAUCUACACUCUGACCAUCGGGAAGGUUUCUCUGGAACAUGACACCUCAUGGAUGUGUCAGGCUGCAGGGAUGAAAAGCAACACACUUCAUCUGAACGUACAUUAUCCGCCCUCCCUGGACAUACGCCCCGUGGAGCCAUGCACAGGAUACAUAUUCCCCGCGGAUGAGACGAAUGUAUCUUUGAAUUGUUUCGUCACAGCAGCAAACCCUUCUCCAUCUAACUUUACCUGGUACCAUGGAGGGAACAUUGUUGGCAGAGAUCGGCUUUACAACAUUCCAAGAGUGUUCAGAUCUAGUUCCGGGCACUACAGAUGUGUAGCUGACAAUGGCGUAUCACCCCCUGGAGAAGACAAUGUUACAGUUGAGGUGCAGUAUCCGCCAGUCGUUCACAUUGACGAUUUCCUGCGAGUCGUAAAGGUGUCGGAAGAUUUGACUCUCCACUGUACGGCAGAUGCGAACCCGGAAGUGACGUCACUAGUUUGGACAGAGGAAGGUGCAGGUGGAAGAAUCUCUAUGAAUGGUACUCUUCAUCUGAAGGACAUACAGAAAACUGAUGCAGGAGUGUAUGUUUGCACAGCCUUCAACACGGUUCUGACAUGUAAUGGGACACGACACACCCAACAAUCAUCUUCAAAUAUAACAUUGGAGGUGCAAUAUGCUCCGGAUAUCCAGUAUUUUGGUGUCACGUCUGGGGACAGAAACGUGAUCGUGACGGAACACGACAAUGUGACACUGCAAUGUGACAUCAGCAGUAAUCCUGCUUCUACCAUAGAGAUCAGGAGCAAGACAUCCAGUAUAGGAAGUGGGACUAACAGCGAGACAGUGGAAGCGAGUAUCGAGGAUGUUGGAUGUCGUCAAACAGGGCUAUACACCUGCUCUGCAAGGAAUGUGAUCGGGAAAGCUGUGGAACGAAACAUAUCAUUACAAGUAAAAUGUGCCCCAAGACCAUAUGGAUCUACACCGGGUGGACCUGUGUUCAAGUCAUCUCUAAAUAGAACCGUCACACUAAGUCUCACUGCCAUAGCUUUCCCUGAGCCAACAGUCACGUGGAGUAAAUCACCAAUGGGGAAGCCACUCACUAACACCAAUGUCACAGUCGUUGAUUUCCGUGUGACAGGAAGUUUAACCAUCUUAGAAGUCCAAGAAGAGGACUUCACAAACUACACAGUGAACGUGACAAACACGGAGGGGACCUGGAUGCUGAACGUGGUGCUGAUGUCUCCAUCUCAGCCAGACGUACCAAGGAAUCUGCAAGCUUCAUCUGUCAAGCCUCGGUCCGUAACUUUAAAAUGGGAGAAAGGUUCCAAUGGCGGCGCCAAACAGAGCUUUAGAAUCCAAUACAGGCAAGGAGGCAGACAAUGGAUCACGCAUCCCUCCAUGCCGAGUGAGGACGACGCCCUUCAAGUGGAACUCGAGGGUCUUGAAGCUGAGACGACGUACACUGUCCAGAUGUUGGCACUGAAUGGUUAUGGAUCCAGCAACCACACAUCCAUCAGUGUGACAACAACAUGUCAGACCUGCUCCACUUUUGUCGUGGCGGUGGGAGCCGCAUCUUCUGCUGUCGUCAUAUUCAUCAUUAUCGUCACAGUUGUCGUUGUAGUCAGGAAUAGGAGAAGACGCCAAUCAGAAGCAGAUGCUGGUGUAACAUUUACUAUUCACGAAGACGCUUGCACGUUGACACCCCAACCUGCUCCAGGUCGAAGUCAGAACUACCCAAUGUUGUCUUUGCCACCACGGACGCAGGGCGAGGCUGACGACAUGACCACCGACGAGAGUCAUUAUGAUAUGCCACGUGCGUCAAAUACAGGCGUGUGACGUACCCGUAAUAAUUGUUCUUGUACCUGAGCUGGCUGGUAUGUCAAUGUCCGCAUUAGAUGUAUACGCUUUUGACAAAAGUUUUUAGAUUUGCGUUUAUUCAGAUCAUAUCGAAUGGUUUUUAGGCAUUUUGGCAUGUCAAUGAUGUUUCUCAAAAUUACAAUAUUAAAAAGAAAAUGUUAAAAAUAGAUAAUGAUAUUUAGUAUGUAUAAUGCCCUUUGUAUUUCGAAAAGUGCAAUGCCACCAGCUUUGUUGGAUUCUGUUCACAAUACCUGUGCAGACAAUACAUGUGCUACUGGUAAACAUUUUGGACAAAGUAAACAAUUUAUGUGACACGUGUUGAGAAGAGAUUGCGUUUAGGAAGGAGCAUGGUACAGUAUGGCACGGAUUUACAAAGAAAUGAGUUUAAGAAGUAUCUGUUGCAUGUUACAGAUCAUUUGAUAUUCUGGGGCAAGCCUGGGAUUUAAACAAAUUGUUCCAAAUAUUUGUUUCUGCAGGAUGCCGUGAUAAGAAAUGGUGUAAAACAGUU